AUGGCUCGUAUUCAGAUCCCCCUCGACGCUCUGACGUCGCGUCUGAGCCUGGGAGACCGCUUCUCAGGCUUCGCCUCUGGGCCUUUGACCGGCCGCUUCUCCAACUUGCGGCCCAUCUCCGAGUUCCUUGACUACAAGCGACUCUCCAAGCCUGCCAACUUUGCCGAAAUGCAGUCGCGCGUCAAUUACAACUUGAGCCACUUCUCCAGCAACUAUGCCGUCGUCUUCUGCAUGCUGAGCCUGUACGCUCUUCUGACCAACUGGCUCCUGCUGUUCGACAUCAUCCUCGUGGUAGUCGGUAUGUGGUUCAUUGGACGCCUGGACGGCCGCGAUCUGGAGAUUGGCACUUUCCGUGCCACCUCUUCGCAGCUGUACACGGGUCUUCUCAUCGUCGCCGUGCCCCUGGGUCUGAUUGCCUCGCCCUUCUCGACCCUGCUUUGGCUGAUCGGCGCUACCGGCGUGACCAUACUUGGUCACGCUUCAUUUCUGGACAAGCCCAUCGAUGAGGCUUUUUCAGGGGAGGCGGUCUAG